UUAUAGUUUCAUCAUUACUUUUAUUUCAGGUCCCAACCGAACAAGAAAUUGAUAACAGGCCGAUUGCAGUUGAUUCACAAUUAGAAGUUAUAGGUGAUGAUUUAAUGCUGCUUGAUGGAGAAACCUACACAAUCAUGGAAAAUGUUGAAAUACAGGUGACAAACUGCAACCAAGAUUUGUUGACAUACUCAGACGAUGUGGAAAAUGAUAAUGGAGUUGAGUUUGCCAUAGAUAACAGUCCAUUAGUCGCGGAUGUUCCUGCUCAAGAAGCUCAGGGUGAACAAUACCAAACUGGGGCAGACUAUGGCCCUGAUUAUCUUUCAGAGAAUGAGGAGCAGAACAACUAUCAGGAUCAUUCAUCUUCAAGCUCAGACAAUCAAGAUGAUAGCCCAAAUUUGGAUUGUACACCUGAUGAAUUCAACACUACUUCGGAAUUGUCUACAGUUUCAAACUGUUGGAACUACACUGGAGGAGCCAGGUGA